GCAGAAGUAAGUAUAAAAUAAGACAGAAAAAGAAUCGACCAUGAUAUAAGUCAAUUUGAUAGCUAUGGAUUCCUACCAGUAGAAGGUCAACAUUGAGAGCGGAACAAACAAGACAAACUCAACCUUUGAUGCGAUAUCCGCCGUAAACAGCCAGCGUCUUCCUCUCCCUAGCUUUUCUAUCCGUUGCUCAAUUCCGAAAAUGCAGAAUCAGGCAAUUAUGGACGACGACGAUGACGAUCUUUAUGACCCCGCAGACACAGUACCGGUCGCUGCAUCCCAUAAUGCAGCCUAUCACGCCCAAGGGAAUGCCAAACAAGAACCAGAUGACAUCGAGGAGGAAGAGAUAGAGGUCGAAGAAGAUGACGAUGAUGAUUUUAAUAUUAUCACGGAAGCCCCUCCGGAUGCGCCUCCCCCAGAAGCUCCACAUCCCCGCCAUGCCAACCUUCGAGCUGAACCGCAGCGACCUUCGUCUGUAGAUUCGUCAGCCUUAUCGAAGCCAGUCACGCCCUCUUUAACACCGAAAGUUGAAUCAGCAACCCCGGUCCCUGUUAGCGCACGACCUGCCGCACCGCAGAAGCCAGGUUCCGCAUAUCCCCCCGUUCAUGCAUCCAACCUCGACGUCCAUGCAAACCCAAUCCACCCUUCUACCGGCAAGCCUAUUCUGUCGACGGAUAUGGAUGCGGACUUCCCCGAAGACGAUAAGCCGUGGAGGCGACCGGGUUCUGACAUCUCGGAUUACUUCAACUACGGAUUUGAUGAAUUUACCUGGGCAAGUUACGUUCUAAAGCAGCAAGAGUUAAGGAAGGAAGUUGGCGACCAGAAGAGACAGUUGGACGAUAUGCAGACGUUCUUAACCAUGGGGCUUCCACCGAUGCCCGGUGGUCCUCAACCUGGACCUGGACCAGGGGGUCCAGGUGGCGCACCACCACCUCCUAUGCCUGGCAUGCCGGGAAUGCCGGACAUGUCUCCAGACAUGAUGCAAGGCAUGUUAGCGAGCAUGAUGGCGCAGGGUUUGGACCCGUCGUCUAUGGAUCCAAUGUCUUUCAUGCAGCACGCCCAGGCGAUGAUGGGGGGCCAAUCCGGCGCAGGCGGCGGACAGCAAGGCCAGCCUGGUUAUGGUAACCAAGGUGGUGGUCAACCCCAGAUGGGCUUUGGAGGAGGUGGAUUUGGUGGUGGACGGGGACGAGGCCGGAGAUGGUAAAAAGCUACUGGAUACAUGUUUGGUCACGUUGUAAUUUUUAUAAUGCGCUAUGUAGCAUCCUGGGACGGCUCGGUCUGGUGGAGUUCAAUGUGUAACAAUCAAAGAUACGCCAAUAGUUUGGCCAUGGCUGUGUUCUUGAGAUUUCGCAUUUCUUUUAGAAAAUUAAGUUGCUCGGGAAAAAGGAGCUCUUGUUCAGCGAGAGUGAUGGGAUCCAACGGGAAGCAAUACGAAUAGUUACGAAUUCGAGACAGAGGUCUCUGCAGACUCUGCCAUUGAAUGCGAUCACAGUUAGCUCCAAUUGAGUCAAAGACAAAAAGGAGGGGAGAAAC